AUGCCGUCAAGUCUCUUCGGAGAGCUCGGAGGUGGGCUGGUGGAAGACCAGCGCGCGUUCCAGCUCGCGCUCGAGCUGAGCAUGCUUAACUUUGGCGAGAGUCUGCCCUCCGCAAACCCGCUCGCCAGUCCUCUGGGAUUCGCGCCGCCCCCGGACGAUCGCACCAAGAAAUCACAGAAUAUGACUGAAUGCGUGCCAGUACCAUCUUCAGAACACGUCGCAGAAAUCGUUGGUAGACAAGAUGCAUUCUGGGACGCCGCUAACCGCAUCUUGCAUCCCUAUCACGCGUUCGGAAAUAAGAUCUACGGAUGCAUCUAA